UCUGCUGCAACAUUACAGGAAAGUCGAGGAGGCGUUUCUGUGUAUCUGUGCAGGAAGAAUAAAGCUCACUGGCUUAUCUUUUUUCUCUCCUGAGUGAGUCUUAGCAGAUGAAGAGUGUUAGAGAGAGAAAGAGGAGUGUGUCUGCUGGUGAAGAGACUGGGAGUGAUGGCUCUUUUGCUUUAGUGCUUGUACGGACAGGAGAGUUGGAGGCAGUUGUUUUGUGGGACGCAAAGAGAAUGGCAAACUCCGUGGUAUCCUUGGAAACAUCCAACUAAAUGACAAUGGCUGAGGCUAUCUGCUGCACUUUGGUGAACUGUAACUGUGACAGCUUCAAGCCGGGGAAGCUGAAGAGGAGGCAGUGUGAAAACUGCAAGCAUGGCUGGGUGGCACAUGCCUUGAGCAAACUGAAGGUGCACCACAUGUACCAGAGCAGCCAGGUGGAGAUUGUGCACUCCAAUGUGGUGUUCGAUAUCUGCAGCCUGAUGCUGUACGGCACCCAAGCCAUCCCAAUCCGCCUCAAGAUCCUCCUGGACCGCCUUUUCUCCGUCCUCAAGCAGGAGGAGGUCAUCCAGAUCCUCAAUGCCCUUGACUGGACGCUGCAGGACUACAUACGAGGAUAUGUGCUCCAGGAUGUGGCUGGAAAGGUGCUGGACCGCUGGGCCAUCAUGACCUUUGAGGAGGAGAUUGCCACUCUGCAGCAGUUCCUGCGUUUUGGUGAGACCAAAUCCAUCGUGGAACUGAUGGCUCUGCAGGACAAAGAAGGCCAGGCAGUGCUGGUUCCCAGCACCCGCACCAGCUCAGACAUCCGCACUUUCAUCGAACGCAACACCCCGCGCACCGCUGCCAACCUCUCUGCGUCUAAGGUGGAUAAGAUCAGCGGCAGCAGCAUGCACCACUUUGAGAACUUUAUCAACAGCAUGGCCUUCAUGCUUCCAUUCCAGCUGUUAGGCUCUGUGCCAGGACCGUUUCUAGGGUCACCAACGGGGACCCUGCAGCAGCACCAGCAGCGGCAACAACAUCAGCAGCCAUGUGGGGCCUCGGUGGAGCAGCAGGGUCAGAGACGAGAUGAUCAAGGGAGGGAUAGUCUUGGAAGAGAAAAUCUUUCACAUCCUUCGGAGAACAGCCUGCUCAGCUCCAUCUCAUUCGCUGUAGAUUCAGACCGCAGUGAAGAAAAGCCAAUGGACAAUCUCUCCACCAACACAAAAAUUGAGGCUGAAGACUUCUCCACCAGUGACAAUUAUUCUGAUGGACCUUCCACACCAUGUACCCCAUCCAUGAGCUCUGAUGUCACACAGAUGUCACCUGAGGGAAAGCUGCGCUCUUUGGGAAGUGGCUCUGGAGGGGUCUCAGGAGGUGGAGGCUCUAUGAAGAAGGGUCGUGUGUUUUGCAAUGCUUGUGAAAAGACAUUUUAUGACAAAGGCACAUUGAAAAUCCACUACAAUGCAGUGCACCUGAAGAUUAAGCACAAGUGCACUAUUGAGGGGUGCAACAUGGUGUUCAGCUCACUGCGCAGUCGCAAUCGCCACAGUGCUAACCCCAACCCUCGGCUGCACAUGCCCAUGAACAGAAACAACCGGGACAAAGAUCUAAGGGGCAGCUUGUCUGCUGAUGAGAGCUCUCAAGGAGAAAAGCGGUCUGACUAUAGCAAUCCUAUUUCCAUCUGCUCUGCAGAAAGCCCAAAGUCAGUGCCAAGCUACAUGGUGAGCCACAUAGACACUGGUCCGAAGCUCCACAGCAGCUCAUUCCCCAGCAUGGGCCAGAGUGGCAUUCUCUUUCCUAACCUAAAAACGGUACAGCCGGUCCUGCCUUUCUACAGAAGCUUGGUAACCCCAGCAGAACUUGCCAACACCCCAGGAACACUACCUUCCCUUCCUCUUUUGUCAUCUUCUGUUCCCAUCAAACCCAUCACAGCACCUGAACCCUGUAUGAUGGACCCAAUACCAAAGAAAAAGUCUCGUAAGUCAAGUAUGCCAAUAAAAAUAGAGAAGGAGAUGGUAGAGCAAGAUGAGCAGAUGGAUAAGGAGAGCAGCUCCGAGGAUGAGGCUCCUUUACAGGGCAGGUGCAAUGGUAGCCAAGCAGAAGAGCUUAUGUGUACAAGACAAUCUGGAGAGGAGAAGCAGGUGAGAGAGGCUUACAAUGGCAAAGACAAGGAACUGGGUGGUACCAAUCAUCUGAUGGGUCCAACCGUAGAUAGAGACAUGGUUGACAGGGAAAACACGGAGGAUGACCCAAGGCAAACUGAAGUAGGGGUCAUCACCUGUACAUCAUCCCCAUUCGAAAACAGGCCAAUGGAGAAACACAGUGACAACCUACUUUGUCAGGAGCCCAGCGGUGGUGAAGACAGGUCCGACAAGGAGCAUCCCAACUCUCAGCAUCCACCUGACAAGAUUUCAGAUCUCAAAUGGAAUGAAAGUGACCACAAGAUGGCUAACGGUGGUGGUCUCCAGCUAACUGAGGGGAGGGAACUCGAUGGAUGCGUGGAUGAGUAUGCUGAUUUAGGGCUGUCUCAUCUUGACCCUGACGCCGACCUGCCACACAACUGUGAGAUAUGCAGUAAGUCCUUCAAAAACCCCUUCAGCGUCAAGAUGCACUACCAAAACAUCCACUUAAAGGAGAUGCACAUGUGCACAGUGGAUGGCUGCAAUGCUGCUUUUCCUUCCCGCAGGAGCCGAGACAGACACAGUGCAAAUUUGAAUCUGCACCACAAGCUGCUGACCAAAGACUCCCUCAGCCCUGCCAACACCCUCUACUCCCCCUCAUCCCACUGCAGAGACAGAGACUCUGCUGGUCUGGACUACUGCCCAGACCAGCGGGACCGAGAUCUGCCCCACCGUGACCCAACCAGCCAAAGCUCCGUCAUCUUCCGAGGACAUAACCGCAUGGGUCUGGUGUUUCCAAUGAGCAAGAUCCCAACUGCACCAGGCAGUGCCAAGGACUCUCCUGUCGGAGAGGUGGAGGGAUUAGGAGGAGGACAAGGUGGAGGAAAUGGAGAUGACGAAGCAGUUCUUGACUUGAGCACCUCUGCUUCUGCCCCCCCUCAUGGCGGCAGCAGUGCUCCCUCCUGCUGGGACUCUGACGGAGUCGGUAGUGAGGAAAUGGAGGGGGGCGAAGAGGACGAGGAGGUGCUGCCAAUGGAGGACAGUGAUGCAAGCUGUGAUGAAGUCUGUGUAGGGAGGCCUGGUGGAGGGGGACUGGCUGUUGGGGGAGAGAGGAACUUAUGCUGCAGUGAUGGAGGACAAAACGGGCUUCAGGGAGGUGGUGGUGGAUCUCCAAUAACAUGCCACAUCUGCCAAAAGGUGUAUAGCAACAAGGGCACUUUCAGAGCUCAUUACAAGACUGUGCAUCUACGAUUGCUCCACAAGUGUAAGGUCCCCGGCUGCGAGACGUCCUUUUCCUCUGUGAGAAGUAGAAACAGACACAGCCAGAACCCCAACCUGCACAGGAACCUCUCCGUUAACUCAGGUACCACCAUGGACCAGGAGUAAGACUCUGAUCUCAAAUGCCAACUAAUUAUUACCUUUUCUUUUUUUGGGGGGGGGGGGGCACAAAGACUCACCAGUUCGCACUUUGUAAAACUGACAUCUUAAUUCACCUUGUUUAAGGGAAAAAAAGGAAAAAAAAUAAAGAAAGAAAACACAUUUUGGAAUCCAUCAAAUGCAACUUGAAAAUUCUGUUUUCAUUCCAGUCAUCAGUCUGUUUACACAUUAACAUAUAAAGUACAAUCAUAGCAUCUGUAAAAUCAUUCUCUUGAUUUUCUCUGUGAAACUUUUAUUUUUCAUGGACUAAAUGUCCCCCUGUGACGUCCUAGUGAGAGGUGAACCAUGAAACCAUCUCAAAGUGAUGUUUUUGUUGUCACAUCUUCACCGUGAAGCUGUUCUCCGUGAAGUAACUCCAACAUGUGUCAUUUCAUCCAUUGGAACAACGGUUCUGAGUCUUUGUUGGAAAGAUGUCGUGUUGUGAACUUGACCAAUAAGUUAUUGUACUGUGUUUUAUGACUUGUCUUGUUCUAUUUGUUACAUUCUGCUAAUGUUGACCAAAGAUUUUCCACAGGUGUGCAGAAAACCCUUUGUUCUGUGUGAGGGAUAUGCAGUAUUAUGGGGCAUGCUGAGUCUUUGCUUAUCUACUUUUUGAUUAACAGCAGUAUUACAGUGUGGGGGUGAACAAAAGAACAGAAAGGACUGAAGGGUGAAAUUAUAUCUGAGUUUGGUGUAAUCUGCUCAUGGAAAAAUACUUGAUCAGGGCAUUGCUCUUGUGUUGCUGGUGACCGAGGUAGCGAACAUCAGAUAGAUGCCAUGUCUAGAGGCUGGACACUCGUACUGUGAAUGAGUCAAACACUGAUUAAUAAUAACAAUGAUUAAAAAAAUAAUAGUCAUAUUUAUGAUAAUGGCCCCAUACAAGAGCAUCCUUCAACAACAAGAACUGGUAAACAAGAUGUUUAAUGAAUUUUAUUGUAUAUUCUGUGAAUAGAGUAAUUUGUUAUCUCAAACACACCAAAAAAUAUAAACUGUAUUCAACAGAAUGAUCUCACCACUAAUAUGACAUUUUCUUUCUUUUUUUCUUCUUGUUUUUAAAAUAAAUGAUAAAAACACUGUGUUGUACAUUUCUGAUUAUUUCAUCAUGGUUUACCGUCUGGUCUUGCUGUGUAUUCUGUAAAUAUCAUUUUCUUUCUCAUGCUGUAGUUAAAUCCAAGGGCCAGAUUUAACAGUCUAUUUGUUUCUUAUUUGGAUUUGUAAUAAAAAAAAGUAAAGAAAGUAAAGAAAGUAAAGAAAGAAGCAAACAGCAAUCUUUGUCUCUAGGUGUUCAUGUUUCUUUUGAAUUAAUGUUACAAUAUUCAUUCCAAUUCAAUAAAAAG